UUUGGCCAUUCCGCCGGCUAAAAACCAAAGAUGGGAAAAUAGACAAAGGGGACUAGGGAGAUGGGGAAGGGUGGAAGAAAGUAGCCAAGUCGUUUGUGGGGGCGAACGGGAGAGUGAGAGGAAGUAGGGGAAAAGAGGUGGAGAAAUCAAGACACCGCUUCUCGUUUUUGUUAAAAGGAGAGAAAGCCAGCACCCCCUCGCAUCCCCCACCCCAAACCCUAGACUUCCCUCUCUUCCCCUCUCCCCACCUUCUACCUACCCUCCAAACCCUCAUCCCCUUCUCUUCCUACCUUCUUUCCUUCCUCCGAUCGCGAUGCGGAAGGGGAGAGCUGUCGCGGCCCCGGCAGCGGCGGCGGCGGCGGCGGCGGCUGCGAUCGGAUCUGGACCGGGCCUUGAUGUCCGGUUCCGCGGCGUCCGGAAGAGGCCGUGGGGGCGGUUUGCGGCCGAGAUCCGCGACCCGGUGAAGAAGACCCGCGUCUGGCUCGGCACCUUCGACACCGCCGAGGAGGCCGCCCGUGCCUACGACGCGGCCGCCAUCAGCCUCCGCGGCUGCAAGGCCAAGACCAACUUUCCCGCCCCAUGCCCUCCAUUCCCGGCAGCCCCCCUCCCUCUCUCCUCCUCCCCCACCGCCAUCGCCGCCGCCGCUGCCUUCCCCCACACCCCCUACCCUCGGCAGCGGCAACCACCGCCACAGUGGCCGGCCUCCAGCAGCCACAGCAGCACCGUGGAAUCCUUCAGUGGGCCCCGGCGCUCCUCCGCGGCGCCCCUCAGAUCUCAGCUUAGAAGCCGGAAGGUCGAUCCACCGCGCGCCCCCGCCGGCGAGGAGGAAUUGCACAGCGACUGUGGCUCCUCGUCCUCCGUCGUGGACGACGAUCUCGGGGUCAUCGCGUCCGUCUACCGCCAUCCACCUCUGCCGUUCGAUCUCAACCUCCACCCGCCGCCCGACGACGAGGACCUCGACCUUCACUGCACCGUCCUCCGCCUCUGAUGCCCCGAUCCGCGCCGCAGCUGAAGAAAAAAAAAAGAAAAAACAUAAAACUAUUUGCUUUAUAUGUUUCUUUCUUUUCUUCUGCUGUAGUCCUUUUUAUUUUUUUUUCUGUCAUUUUUUCUCCUCUUAUUUUCUUCUCUGGUUGAAUCCAUUUAGCUGUAGCAUAAAUCUGAGAUGGGGGUUGCUUCUCUGGCCCCUCAUUUUUUUUUCUUCUUUUCCUUGUUUUGUACAAAAAAACCACCAAUGAUGAAUGAGAAAUAUUAGAGUUUUUUUUUUUUUU